AUGGGCUCUGCGUUAUCAAGUGUGCUUCGCAGGAUGGGCUCUGCGUUAACAAGUGUGCCUCGCAGGAUGGGCUCUGCGUCAACAAGUGUGCCUCGCAGGAUGGGCUCUGCGUUAUCAAAUGUGCUCCCUCGCUGCCCUGAGCCCCGCGAGUGCCUCUAG